AUGUUUAAGUUGGUGGUGUUGUCUUCCGUGUUGGCUCUAGCAGCCGCCUCACCGAGUGCCAUCGGGCUAGGUUUAGGUGGUUUAGGCUUGACAGGGUUGGCUGGUCCAAUUGGUGUUCCGUUAGGUGCUCAUAUUGCUGCCCCAUUGGCUGCUCCGAUUGCCGCUCACGGUGUAGUUGUAGCACCUGCCCUUGCCGCCGCACCCGUGCUUGGACAUGCUUAUAACUACAGGGGCCCGUUGUCUCUGGCACCUGGACAGCCCGCCAACAUCCUUGCCGCCGACGGUAGACCACUUGACACUCUCAGCGUGAACUUGGAUCGUGCUGCGCACCUCACCGCACGGGCUGUGAGUGGUCAUUUGUUGAGGAAGAGAUCUGCACCCUUAUUGGCCCCCGCGGCGGCGUUGUCAUAUGCCGCUCGUAUUGACAUUCCCUCCCGUGUGAUUGCUCCCGCCCUGCCCGCUGUCGCCUCGGCUUGGCCCGCUGCUCGAAUUGGCUGGGGUGCGCCGGUCGCUGCUCCUUUGGGCGUUGGUGCCAUAGGCCACGCUGGGCUUAUCGGCCACCUUGGUUAA